AUGUCUCGCGCAUCUGGGGCGAGUUUCGCACAAUUCUUUCCAUCGGCUCCUCGAGCUGCGAAAGACAAAGCAAAGGAGAGGGAAAAGUCAAAGGCACAGCAGGCAGAUUCGCCUACCACUCUUUCUGUCACUGAUACCCAAAUUAAUGCGAAAGCCUUAACUGACAAUGCUUCUAUUACACGUCUUUCAGAAGAUAUAUCAAUUCCAAUUGCGGAUCCUCCUACCCUAACGACAGAAGACAACGAAUCUGUACAAGGCGAUAUUUUGAAUGGUGUAGGCUCAGCAAGCUCUCAUUCAAGUUCUGGAUCAUCCCUUUUCAGUGUCAACAAUCAGCUUUCCAACAGCAUGCAAGCAUCUGCUGGCUCUCGAAAUAUCAACGAUUUAACACCAUUGACAAAUGCCGAAUCAUCACCCAAUGGUGUUGCAAGUCCUGGCAAUGCCAAGGCUGAUAUGCCUGUCACCGCUCCAACUCGCGCCGCUCUUGAUAAUACAAAAUCUCGGCAUGUCGUUGCUUUACCCAAUUCUGCCCCGGCAGAGCAUACUUCCACCGAGCCACGAGUCCUCGCUCGAGACCCAGCACGAGGUGUAAAGGGGAAAAAGUGCACAUAUGAUCCAUUCCACGACCCUCAUAUCCAUUCGACGAAAGAGAAACAUAAUCGCCGCCCACAUUAUAAGGAGUUUGGUUUGAAAGAUGACGCUCCCCCAGCGGAUCCGCGGUUAGCAAAAGGAAGCAGAUUGUCGUAUAUCAAUACCGAUUACCAUAAUGCAUUAUCGCGACUCAAUCAUUCGCCGUUUAUGCUACCAAAGUACAAAUACAACCCUAAAACUCACUAUGGACCUGGCCCACCAACGGAAAUUGUCGUCACUGGAUAUGAUCCAUUAAUAAAUUUUAUGAAGGUCACUAAUGUUUUCACUCAUUAUGGACAAAUCGCAGAGAGCAGUAACAAAUUACAUCCAGAGACGGGAAGUUGUUUGGGCUUUGGCACAUUCAGAUAUCGAGAUACUAAAAGGAAAGAUGGCACAAUUUUGACAGCGGCAGAGGCUGCCAAGAAAGCCGUCAUAAGAGGUAGCAGUGUGAUAGGGCUAGGACCGAGAAUCAAGGUCCAAUUCGAUCCGCAGGGCAAGCGCAGUACUCGCAUGCUUGAGAAUGCUUUGGAAAAGUCGAAACCCGAACCUUUACCUCUACCGCCCAAGGAGCCACUACCUCCCCCUAAACCUGAAGUUGUCAAAUCCUCUGCCGCCCUUUCUGGAAGGCCGCAAUUUAGACCUGGCAGCAUGGUACAAGCUGCGAUUCCUACGAAACCGCGCCAGCAGACAUUGAUCGAGGAUGAACCAAUUUCGCAACAACUCGAGGAUGAACCCUAUAUUUUCAUUUCGAAAGAUUAUGUUCCUGUCAUUCCUGCGACAAUCCUCCAUUUGAAAAAGCGGCUUAAGAACCAUUUCCUGGAGGAUGUUAGAGUUGAUAGAACAGGUUAUUAUGUAGUCUUCGCGCUUAGUGACGAGGGAAGAUUUGAGGCAGACAGGUGUUACAAUUCUUGCAAUGGCACCGCGCUGUUUUCCUAUGAAAUGAUCAUGAAGCUAUACUUAUGGGGCACCGGAGGUCGACGUCAUGAACAUCGCGAUCGCGCAUCCGAAAGAGGUCAUCAUCGUCGCACUCGUAGCCCGGACCCGCGCUUGACUGAGCAAAAAAGGAGAAAGGAGAUUGAGGAGAUUAGAAAGGAGGAAGAGGCUGAUCUUGAGGACGAGAAGCGGGAACGGGCCAAAAACUUCGAUCCGGCCCGUGAAGCUAUUGAAGUCAUCAAACGAGAGUUAAUGACACAUUUGAUGGACAAGGUGAAGGAACGGAUAGCAAAUCCUUGCCUCCGAAAUUUCAUGGAUCCAACGAAUCAUGUGGCAAAGCGACGCAAGUUAAAUAUUCAUGACCCUAAUGCCAAGACGUCCUUCAUCGAUGACGAGGAAGACCAGGACAAUAGUAACGCUAUUGCUACGCCUAACUCACGAAUUGAGGACCGCAAUUCUUUAACAGCAGGGAAGGUUAAUGUUACUGCUCUGCCUAGGAUCCGAAAAAGAGCCAAGGCGGAAAAGAAUCGCAAUGUUGGAUUUACUGAUCCCUUCGCCAGGCCCACCCGGAAAGCUUACGUUCGGCCCAUGCAUUUCCUCAUUGGUAGGGAGGAUGAAGAUUCGGAUGACGAUAAUGAAGCUCGUUCCAGGACAAGAGGCACUGAAGAGGUUGAGUCACGCCCGAGAAGUCGUGUGGGUACUGAUGAUGAAGCUUCUGAUGAUGAUACGGAUUCCAUGAGCCGAAACGUGAAGGAAAGGUCCCAGUCAUUGGACACUCGAGAUGGGGAGUCUGCAAGUGAAGUCAAUUUCUCUGAACCUGCCGUAUCAACGAAGAAGAGAAAGCUGGAUCUGCAUAUGGAAGCUGCGAAAAAGCGACAGAAGAAAACCGACGAGGAACUCUUUGGUGUACCUGUGGCAAAGAUUGAGCCCCUCUCAGAAACUCCCACUGAGGCAGGUAUUUCUGAGCUCGAUGGAUUCCAAAAGACAGAAUCCGAGACAGAGGCUGCUUUGGCUGCUGUGGCGGCUAGAAAGAAGGCUGCAAAAUCGGCAAAGAGAAAGAAGUCCAAGAAGCAGAUUUUUGAAGAAAGGGAGGCCCUAAAAAGACAACAACUGGGUACUACGGAAGACGAGAUUAUUCCAGAAGAAGUUGAUGAGGAGUCUGAAUUCGAGGAAAACAUUGUCGAUACAGCACCCGUGGUAACAUCUGUCAAAUGGGGCAUCUCUAGUGAUGCACCCUAUCCUACCGUCGAUGAUGACUUUGAUAAUAUUCUCGACAUUGACGGGCUGCAAAAUAUCCUCAAGGAUGACGAAGACGCUGGACCCGCACUCAAAAUCUUCAAGACGGAUUUCAAACUUAGCGAUCCUGCUACCUGGGCAUGGAGACAAGGGCAAAUCAAGUCACUCAAUCGUAAUGGAUACAAAGGUAUUGUUAAAGAUGAGACGACUAUCCCUGGAUACUAUGUGGAGACUUCAACUGGCUGUGCUCGUACUGAAGGUACGAAGAAGAUUCUGAACUCCGAAAAAUCUCUUUAUCUUCCUCAUCGUAUCAAGGUUCAAAGGGCGCGUGAAGAACGUGAAGCACAAGCGAAACGAGCCGGUAAAGAUGUCGUCGCAGAAGCAGCAGAGGCAGCUAAGAUUGCGGCAGAAAAGCUGCUUGCCCGUACAUCUGGUCGUGCUACCCGUGUCAAUAAUCGUCGUUACGUUGCCGACCUUAAUGAUCAGAAGAAGACUCUUGGAGGUGAUACUGAUGUCUUGCGUUUCAAUCAACUUAAGAAACGUAAGAAGCCCGUCAAGUUCGCUCGUUCUGCUAUUCACAAUUGGGGUCUUUAUGCCAUGGAGAAUAUAGCGAUGAAUGAUAUGAUCAUUGAGUAUGUCGGUGAGAAGGUUCGGCAACAAGUUGCAGAUCUUCGAGAAAACAGAUAUCUCAAGAGUGGUAUUGGAAGUAGUUAUCUGUUCAGAAUCGAUGAAAACACAGUCAUCGAUGCAACCAAGAAAGGUGGUAUCGCAAGAUUCAUCAAUCAUAGUUGUAUGCCCAACUGUACUGCCAAGAUCAUCACGGUGGAGAAGAGUAAGAGAAUUGUCAUCUAUGCGCUGCGUGAUAUCGCACAGAAUGAGGAACUCACCUACGAUUACAAAUUCGAGCGUGAGAUUGGUAGUACAGAUCGUAUUCCAUGUCUCUGUGGUACACCGGCGUGUAAAGGAUUUCUUAACUAA